AUGGAGGACCCAAGCGGCUUCUCUGAUGAAAUAAAGGCAUCGCCACUAACUGCAGCAUCGGCAUUAGUGCCGUUUUCCUUUCGGAGCCCUUUCCAUGAUGCCCUACGAGAUGCCACCCGUUGGUUCCCAAUCGCCGGUACUAGUAAGCGCAUUCGCAUUGAUCAAGCAUGGCAGAGCGACGGGCGGGGCGGCACGUCGUUGGGCUUCGGAGCUUCGGUAUACGAUGCAGCCAUUGCAUUAUCACUGUAUCUAGCAUCUCAUCCAGAUCUAAUAAAGGGGGGUCGAGUCAUCGAACUGGGAUGUGGUCCAGGACUUGUCGGCGUCGUUGCUGCUCACCUGGAACCAAAGAGUAUCGUCAUUACUGAUGGAGAUUCUGCAUCGGUUGCACUCACACAGCGCAAUAUCAAGGCAAACGAUCUUUCGGAAGAUGUGUGCACUGCUGAGGAAUAUCUCUGGGGUGACUUGGAGCAUCACCUUGUGAGCAGCAACGCCAAAUACGACGUGAUUCUUGGAGCAGAUAUCGUGGCUUGUCCGUACGCCUCGGCCUUUGAAUCACUGAUGGUGUCGCUGCAACAAAUGGCUGGACCCAAGACACUAAUUCUGCUUGCCUACAAAAAGCGUCAAAACACGGAAGAAAAAUUCUUCGAAGCGUUUGAAAAGGUAUUUAAAGUCGAACCGAUUGACCGAUCGGAGCUACACCCGGACUUCCAGGAAGGAGGCGACAUCAUGAUCUUCAAAGGGCGUCUGAAGAAUCAAUCGUAG